AUGGGAGAUCAACCGUUGACCAAAGCAGAUAUUGAGGGUAUUUCGGAGGCUUUAACCACGAACCUCACUGCUUUGAGGAAUCAGAUGGCGGCGUUAACGACUCAAUUAACAGCUUUUACCAAUCAAGUUGUUAACGCAGGGCAAAGAGAUAGGGGAAGAGAACCAAUUAGGGUUCAACAGGGCAGAAACAAUCGUGCCGCAGAGCCAGUUAGGGUUCAACAUGGUGGAAACAAUCGUGGUGUUAAUGUUGAAAUCUCUAGUUCUGAUGAUGAAGAUCUUGAGGACGAAGAAGAAGCUGAUCAAGAGAAUCGACAAAACAAUCAUGAUUAUAGAGUAAAGGCUGAUAUUCCAUUGUUCUAUGGAACUAUGGGAGUGGAGGAGUUUCUGGAUUGGCAGAUUGAUGUUGAUAGAUUCUUCGAUGUGAUGGGUGUUCCUGAGAGCAAACAAGUUAAGAUGGUAGCAAUCAGGCUGAAGAAAACUGCUGUUGUAUGGUGGGAUAAACUUGUUAUCCAAAGACAAAGGCAAAGAAAGGACCAGUCAAGACUUGGCGUAGAAUGA